CCUGUAAACACAUGUGUAUCAGUACUACAGAGAUUUCUCGCCUCACGUUGUCCCCGGAGCCAGAGUGACCGCGUAGUUACGGCCUGCAAUGCGGUACCGACCGGCUCUACAGAGUACCUUCCGUAGAUCACGUCUUAAGGUUGUUUGCGCCAAGUCCCUCUGAAGCUGGACUCUGCUUCUAAGGUUUAAUGUGGCUCUCAAUGAGGUGUGUGGCCCCCAAGAUUUUAAAACUUAUUCCCUGGGGUUCCUGCACGGUAUGUAAUCGUGUACCGGCCAGGGGUUAUAAGGUUACCCCCCACUGUAUGAAAAAAUCUGGUCUCAACUAUGGAAACAUCGACAGUAUCAUUAAAGCCCACAGCAGGAACUUUAAAAAGGACCUUCUGUCCACCUUAGAUACGUCGUUAUGCCCGGUGACCGUGACAGAAAUUCGCCAGUACCUGCGGGCCAAAAACAUCUCGUUUCAUGAUGGUUACAGCUGCCUCCAUGUCCCCAGUCCCUUCACGCCCAACCGCGACAACUGCUUGUUCAUCGACAAGACCACCGGGCGCUUCCUUUGUAAAGACACCUUACUGGAAGGGUCCUGGGAGGAUUAUCAGGAUAGCAUUGAGCUGCUGCAGAAAGAGGACUGCUCCUUUCUCAGCCCCGACUGCAUCGCCGGCUACCUGGCCGACAGCGACAGCGAAUCCGCAGAAGAGCAGUUUAACGACGCCGAGGCGCGCAGGAUAUGGGACAGAGCGGCGUGGUUUUCUGACCUUGAAGAAGGAGACGCGCAGCUCGUCAAAACCAUGUUCAGCAUUUCUAAGAUUCCUAACGGUACGCUAAAGAAGUUUGGAGUGAAGUGUUACUUUCCGACUAAAAGCCUGGUGUUCCCAUGGACCAGUCCCAGGGACUCCACCCUGAAAGGGUUAAAGCUCUUAUCUGCCGAGUACCAGCAACAGACUGUCCGUUACGUCGAAACAACCAUCCCCAGGUCAGCUCGGUACCAUAAUUUGUUUGGGCUUUGUGUAACUGGUAAGAAAGAGGCAGAGGUCGUGAUCACCAGCAGGGAAGUGGACAGCUUAGCCGUGCACCAAGCCACUGGAUUAACUACGGUCUCAUUGCCUCGUGGUAUAAACUGUUUGCCUCCUGUCUUGUUGCCCUAUCUGGAGCAAUUCAAACGAAUCACGUUGUGGCUCGGAGAUGACCUACAGGCGUGGGAAGCCUCCAAACGUUUCGCUCGGAAAUUAAACCUUAAGAGAUGUUCGCUGAUCAGACCCGGAGACAAACAGCCUACUCCCCUAAAGGCACUGAACGAUGGCUUAAACCUAAGUAAAAUACUGAAGGCAUCCCUCCCCGCCAGCCACAAAUCUAUCAUUUCGUUCCGCCAACUGAGGGAGGAGGUAUUUGGUCAGCUGGAAAACGUAGAACAGAUUUCUGGAAUCAAAUGGGCCAGAUUCCCAGAGCUCAAUAAGCUAUUGAAGGGACAUCGUAAAGGGGAGCUGACUGUGUUUACAGGCCCUACUGGAAGUGGCAAAACCACAUUCAUCAGCGAGUAUGCCCUGGAUUUAUGUAUCCAAGGAGUCAGCACCUUGUGGGGAAGCUUUGAAAUCAACAAUGUGCGUCUGGCCAAGCUUAUGCUGACGCAGUUCUCUCUUCUGAGACUGGAGGAACAGUUGGACAAAUACGACGAGUGGGCUGAUCGGUUUGAGGACCUACCGCUUUAUUUCAUGACUUUCCACGGGCAACAAAAUAUCAAGUUGGUGUUGGAUACCAUGCAGCAUGCCGUGUACAUGUAUGACAUCAAUCAUGUCAUCAUCGAUAAUCUGCAGUUUAUGAUGGGCCAGGAAAACCUCUUUACCGAUAAGUUUGCAGUUCAAGACUACAUGGUUGGUGCCUUCAGGAAGUUCGCCACUGAUAAUAGUUGCCAUGUGACUCUGGUCAUUCACCCCCGGAAAGAAGACGAUGAUAAGGAAUUGCAAACCUCCUCUAUCUUUGGCUCAGCAAAAGCUAGCCAGGAGGCUGAUAACGUUCUCAUACUUCAAGAUCGCAAGCUGGUCUCUGGCCCAGGCAAAAGACACAUUCAAGUUGCCAAGAACAGAUUUGAUGGAGACGUGGGUGUCUUCUCCCUAGAAUUCAACAAAUCUUCCCUUACCUUUUCUACCCAAAAAAACAAAACAAAACUGAGAAAACUCAAUAAAGACAAUGAAAUGCCGUUAGAGAACCCUGCGGAGGAGCUGCCUGUGAGAAAUAAAAAGCAAACGUAGUUCACGUUUUCCGCGAUGGAUCUUCCGUUUUUAGGGCAUUGGACCCAUGAAUACGUAAACAUACGUCGUGGAUCGGAACAUUAAACAAAAGAUGUGAAUUGUGUUACUGCGGGUGUAACAUCCACCAGCGUGUGUUGUAGAUACAUUUCAAAAACCUCCAAAGAUUAAAAGCACUUAACGUUUUAACAUUAUUUUAAUAUUAUUAGACCUCCUCUGUGUGACAAUUCUGGGGUUUAGGUCACAAACAAGAUUUGCUCUCGGAAUCAUUUUCCUUCCAGUCCUGUGCAGCGACAUCCGUUUAAUGGGGCUUUAUUUGUUUAGGUUGAUGAAUAGGUUGUGUUUCAGGUCAAUCCACUGGGUUAUAAAGCACAAGAAGAUAGCCUCGUUAAUAGCUCUUUUGUUUCAUAAGAAAAGUUUGGGUUUUGCCAAUCAAUGGAGGAGACCGGUCCUAAACAUAUUCACUAAGUGUGCGGGGAACAGAUGCUGAAUCUACGCCGUUCCUUCUGAUGAAUGCAAUAAUCGGUCGUCUCGGCAGAAGCCCAACACACAAUCCAAAGACUAAUGCUACUG